AUGACCAUGAACGACCUCCACCUCCACCACCCCCAGAAGAAGACACUGAGAGUGGCAACAUUGGCCGAGAAGAAGGCUAUUCAAGACGAAUGUCAACUGCCUCUGGUCAGCCUCUUCUUGCUUCAGAAGGUGCUUCUCGACAAGUGUCUGCUCCUGACCAACCUGGUGUCGACUUAUGGCUCCUACAUGGAAGUGGAUUUAGACUUCAGCAGCAAUCGCAAGCUGAAGAACUUCUUGCGGUCCCCUGCAGCAUUUCUGGCAGAAGCUGUUCGCAAGUGCCUCAACCAUGAAGAGGAACAAAAAGCCAAGGCCAGUGGCCGCAUUCUUGGCUGUCGCUGGGUUCUCACGUGGAAAACCACCCCACCUGAAGAUCUGGAAGACGCUGCAAGAGAAGCGAUAGAGAAGAGUGAGACAACCGUCUUGACCGCCGAUGGCAAAGCUCGCGUCGUGCUCCUGGGAUAUCAACAUCCUGACAUUGCUGAGCCCGAGUACCGGUCUAGUGUCAAACGCAGGAGUCUUCGCCUGUGGAUGACUGGCGUCAAAGAGCUGCGUGAAGGUUUGCAGGUCAGUGAUGGUGGUUUGCUUCGCAUCCUCAAGGACUUCUAUGGCAGCACCACGGGUGGGAGAGAGCCUCGCAACGAUGGAGAUCGACAUCGUGUGAUUGGCUACAUCUCAGGCCAUGUGGAUGAUUUCAAUGGAGACACCUCAUACCCUCGCUGGCUUCAGGUGAAAGACCAGAUCAACAAGGCGUAUGGUUGGGGCACCGUCAAGAGUGGAAGCUACAGGCACGUUGGCGCCGACAUUGUGGAAACACACAAUUCCAAAGACGGCCGCUAUUUGGAGAUCAAUCAGGACUUCUAUACAGAGACCCUGGCCGCCCUGGCCGACUUGGACAUUGAUGCCAAGAUGAAGGCCCCAACAAAGCUGGUCUUCAAGAAGAUCCCCGCCGUGCAGCAUUGGCAAGACAUGGUCUUCAUCACACUCGGACCGGAACAUCUCCAAGGACAGCCUGGCCCGCUUUCGUUGAUUUCCUGGAAGACAUGGAAACUGAAGCGUGUGGCGAUCUCUUCCAAUGACGGUGAGAUUCAAGCCAUGGUGGAAAGUGAAGACGUGAACUUCAGAACAGGUCUCCUGUGGAGUGAAAUUCACGGUGCAGGUGUUGAUCGGCCCCCAGGUGAUCUUUUAGAUCAAGCAGAGUUGCAAGUGUCCUUCGUCAAGGGCAUCUUUGGCACUGACAGCAAAGGAGGGUUUGAUGCAGUGACACUGCAAGAAGGGCCAUACCUAGGUGACUGGAUGCUGGGAGAUGCAAUGACCAAACGGUCAUCCGAGUGCCGCCGCGGGAUGAUCCAGUUCUUGAGACAAUGGUUCUGGAUGCUUUCCUAUGACCCGCACUUCGUGACCAGUGCUCGGAAAGCGAAACAGCUGGGCCGAGAAGCCACUCGUGUGAUGCGUGCACAC